AGAGGGCUUAGUGAGCAUGAGACCAAGAUGGAGGACGUUUGAAUGGAAUAUCCCUUAGAGAGAGACUAAAUUUAUGAAGCAUAUUUAUGAGAAUGAACAGAGCGUGUCCGACUAUGUCGUCGUUACCGAUAAUUGAUAAGCAAAGCGUGAUCGAUAUGAAUUCUACGUGUAAUAAACUGGCUGCUUCGAGUGAUCAAAGCCCAGACAGCAAUCCCGAUUUUGCCACGAUCAGACUGGUUAGCAGGAUCGUCUUGUUUAUACUGAAAAAGUGUUGGCUGUGCUGUGGAGCCUCGGUUUUUCUUAUAUUUUUUAUUUAUUGGUAUUACGGCAGCAUAUUAGCGCUUUGUCUCUUCUUUUUUGCAGCAUCGGCAUUUCUCUAUCAGCUUGGAGACUGGCUUUUAUAUCAUCCUGAUCAACCUCCUCAUUCACGAAUAUUUGUCCGUUCUCCAUCAAUGAUGAAUUUACCUUCAGAUAAUCUUCAUAUAGUUACUGCUGAUGGUGUUCGCAUUAAUGUAGUUAUGGUGAAACAAGACAGUUCAAUUUUUAGUCAGGUUCCCACAAUUCUUUAUUUGCAUGGUAAUGCGGGAAAUAUAGGACACAGACUUCCCAAUGUUCAUGGUCUUUAUCAUUUUUGUGGAUGUAAUAUUUUACUUUUAGAGUAUAGAGGAUAUGGUCAUAGUGAUGGAAUUCCAAGUGAAGAAGGACUCUAUUUUGAUGCUCAAGCAGGUUUAGAGUUUCUUUUAAAACAUCCCGGUAUUGAUACACAAAAAAUUGUGGUCUUCGGACGUUCUUUAGGGGGAGCAGUGGCAAUAGAUCUUGCAAGCCGUCCAGAAUACAGCAGUCGUAUCAUGACGCUUAUCAUUGAAAAUACGUUUACUAGCAUUCCAGACACUGCCAAAGUACUUUUUAACUGGAGUAUAGUAAAAUGGUUACCAGUGUGGAUAUUUAAAAGUCAGUUCAGAUCUAUAGAUAAGAUUGUUAAAGUAUUAGUACCAACUCUCUUCAUUUCUGGAUUAGCAGAUGCAAUAAUUCCUCCUCAUAUGAUGCAAGAAUUAUAUCAGGCAUCGAGGAGCAAAAUGAAACAAAUGGCAGUAUUUGAAAAUGGAACUCACAACGAAACAUGGCAAUGCAAUGGAUAUUACAGGACUAUAAAUUUGUUUUUAGAUGAUGUAAUGUUAUCAAAACAUCAGAAUCAAGUAUUACAAUGGCCAGUAAGCCCUCAUCAUGUUAAAAUGGAAAUAAUUUAAACAAAAUAUUUUUUAUUUAAAAUAAACUGAAAAUCCUCACUAUUCCUUUAUGAACUGUUUAUGAAAGACAGAUUUAACAAAUUUUGUCUACAGUUGUAAAUAAUUUAAAAUAUUUCACUGUUUCAUAUGUAUAUAAUGUAUUUUUCUUAAACUUUUCAAAUGUAAAAAACAAAGAAAGUUUAUAAAAGCAAUUUACACAUCAUCAUGUCAUUUUGUUUUCAUUAAAAUUAAAAUUGUAGCAAACUAAAUUUAAUGAUAAAUUAAAAGGCUAGUCUGUUAGUUACAGCUAUAAUUUAAAGGGCUUAUCACAUCAAGAUGAGAAAGGAAUACAGUCACUAAAUAAACAAACACAAAUUAUUGGGCUGCAGUUUGAAAAAACUGUAGACCUAUAAAUUCCCACUGUUGU